AUGAACAAAUAUCUUGUGUUGUUUCUCUCAAUAGUUUACGACCUGAUUUAUAUCGUAUUUACUGGAAUCUUGGUAAUAGUGUUUUCUGUUGUCCACGGCUUCCGCAUGGAAGUCCCUGAUCUCUCUGAGAACCCAAAUGUGACGUACCCGUACAUUCCACCAACAUUUUCAACAGUAGUCGCUGGUAUCGUCGCAUACCUCCCCACCAUCAUUUUGAUUUUAAUUGUUGAACUCCGACGACUGAGCUUGAGACAUUUGAUAUUCUCAUUUUUGUCACUUGUCGCAGCCAUUUUGACGGCAUUCAUGUUUGUCCAAGGCGGCAAAAUAUAUGCUGGUCGACCACGUCCAAAUAUGUAUGAGUUGGUCGCAAGAGGGGAUGAAAGGGACGCUUGGAAGUCUUUCCCAUCUGGGCAUUCUGCUGCUUCUUUUAACGGGUUUGGUUAUUUUUCGUUGUAUGUAGCGGGGGAGUUGAGAGUAUUUAGUGACAAGCCUGAGAUGUGGAGACUUAUUCCCGUUAUUGUCCCAUUUAUCCUUGCAGGGAUUAUUGUGAUAUCAAGAACAAGAGACUAUUAUCAUAACUUCAGUGAUAUAAUUGCUGGGUCUAUAAUAGGACUCUUCUCGGCGAUUAUUGGAUACUUCGCCAAAUUUGCAAGUUUGACCUCGGCUAAGUCUGGUGAUAUCAAAGGACCGAAGUAUGAUGAUGACCAAAAGGAUGGGGAUGUUGAACUGAAAGAUGAGGAACUCCACCAAGACAACUAA